GCUCAGGCUCUAGCUCCUGCAUCAGAAGAUCCUCAUCCAGUAUCCGCUUUUCUUGUGCUGAUCCUACUUGGUCCUUCUCCUUCCAGAGAGACGAAAGAAGUGCAAGAGAGCCCCCGGGUUUUAUGCAGCAGACGUUUGUGUACCAAUUACACAAGAUGGCGCACCUUGUGGAUUUGAACGAGGACCAAUUUCGGGUUCUGGACCCGAUAUUAUUUGUAAAAGUGUCUGGGUCUGGAAGGAUGCAAGUUUGCCAUGCUUGUCUGGCAUGACUCGGGAAUCUGUGUUGCAUAGGCACGAAAAGGCCCUCUUACCUGUCAUGCAAAAACGCAGUUUGCCGUGCGGAAUACUUAAGACAUGGGAGCCAAAAAAUUUGUCAUGCAUAACUGCGUAUUGCAGGGCGUCUACCAUUCACUUUUAGCAUUACAAGUUCCCAGACCCAGACACUUUUACAUUUGAUACCACAAGGAACAGUGCAAAAUCGCAAAAAGCGCUGUGGCGGCCGCGAUCGACUUCGACAAUCGGAUCAUGUAUUGUGCAAACUACAUCAGGAUCUGUUGUUCUCACUUGUUGCUUGCGCUAUUUUCUUGCCAUGGCAAGGAAGUCAAGGGUAGUGCUAGUGAUGCUGAUGCAUGCCUGCUAAAGAUCAAAAUCUAGCAAGAGCCAUCACUAUUUAUUCUCCCCACAGAAAGCAGUUCGAGGACGCGAUCCGGCAGUACCAUCGAGCGCUGCAGUACGUCAACCUGGUAGACUCCUCCUUACCUGAAUCGGAAGAGCUGUUGCAGGGCGCCGCGGAGUAUUUUCGAAGGCAACGGUUCCUGAAGGCCCAGCUGGAGGAGAUGAAAAAACAAACCGCGCCGGAAAACAAUGCAGACACCACGGUAGUGGCAAAAGCGGAAGCUUUAGGGAUUGCGGUGAAAGGUACUACUGUCUGUUAUCUGCUUUCUUGCGGUCUGAAGCCAACAGUAAGCCGUGCGCCAGCGUUGUGUGGAGGGCACAGGAGACAUCAGACCGGCUCGCGCGGGUAAUAUUUCCAGGGUUGGCGCCUUCCGCGGAACGCCCCAAAGGACGCAAAAGCAGAGAAAUAGCGGGCCCCCGGAGGGGCCGGGUCGAGGGCUUUGCCCGGCGUUGUACUUGUUUCGUUCAAGUGUUUGGCUUUUGCCAUGUUGAAGGUGUCGCACUUGUGCACCUUUGGAGUGAGGACGUUCGUACCUGUGUCAGUUUAUUAUUUGAAAUGGGAAUCAUGCAUAGCUACUUACUCACAUUGUCUAUCUGCAGUUCCUCUGCUACUUAGUAAUUGCAGUCGGAAUGGAUAUCGAUUAAUUGGAAUGGGAAUAUCGAUUAACGCCCCUCCCCACGGUCGACCCCGCUGAAACUCUUAGGGUAAACGCCGUGGCGGGUAGGCAGAAUUGCGCUGCUAAACACAGCGCGAGGAAAAAUCUGAAAAGAUUCUGCAACAACUUAUGGCAUUUGUGAGGCGUUUUGGGGUGGCCUCGGCAAAAACUGCGAAAAAUAAUCGCAAAAAAACUUACCCGUGCGGAUGGAUGCUUUUUGCAUCGUUUUCUUGAAAAGUAAGGCUUCAAGGUAGGGACAGGCUGGAACUUGACUCGUUUUGUUCACCAGCGCUCGAAAUCCUCAACAUUGUAUUUCCAGGUAGCGUCCUCACCCUACACCAAACGCACAAAUUGGGCGAAAAGGCGGAGAAGAUUAAGGGCGACGUUGUGACCAACAGCAAAGCUGCGUGGAGCAAGACAACCGACUGGUUUUCCGGCACUGUAGACCAAACUAAGAGCUGGUGGAAGACCAACGCGCCCGCGGGUUGGGCCGCGGCGUCCGGGAGUAGUGCUGAGGGUGGAGAGGGAGCGGAGGCUGAUCCUGUAGGAGACGCGGCGCCAUCAAGUGCGACUACAGCAGAAGAAGCCGGCGUGGACGCAAGCGGCAUAGUGAGCGGCACGAAGGAAGAGGCUAGCGCGCCGAAAACCGACCUCCCACCGCCACCGCCCCUGGCAGCGACUGCGGGGGUGUCGGAUCCCGUGUUAAAAAAGGGAGACGAAGACUUACUCGAUUUGGAUUUGAAGUCGUAGUUUGCUGUCUGUGAGGUGGUGUCGCGCUGAGUAGAUGAAUUCACUUUCACUUCAAGUGCCAUGUAUAGAACGACGCAAAAGUGGUUUACACGUUGCUUGUUUUCAGACAAAAAUUAUAUCGCGAAUUUCAAACGCAAAAUCUUUGUUGAUUCACGUUCGCUUGCGAAGCAAAAGUGAGAGAAAAAGAG